UGAUAAGCAGGAUACGGUUCGCAUUAGUUAUCCUUAAUAUAUAUGCAAACCAUCGAAGCAUAAAGUAAGCUUUUACUAACUAGCAGACAUUUUUACAAUGGCAGCAAACGAAGACACCGUUCACUUUGACCCUAAAAACAUGCAAUUUCGCUUUCUCGGUCCUUCUGGAUUACGAGUUUCUGCUUUUUCUUUAGGAGGUUGGUUGACCUAUGGUAAUACCGGGUACGAUUUGGAGCACACGAAAAAGUGCCUCAAGCAAGCAUGGGAUUUGGGAAUCAAUACAUUUGACACAGCCGAGGUUUACAGUCAAGGAAACUCGGAAAUCAUUAUGGGAAAAGCUAUCCAAGAAUUAGGAUGGAAACGUUCUGAAUAUGUUUUAAUUACCAAAGUGUUCUUUGGUGCAGGUCCUAAACUUCCCAAUACAACAGGCUUAUCCAGAAAACACAUCCUUGAAGGUGUUUACGGUUCAUUGAAGAGACUUGACACUGAGUACGUGGACGUGAUCAUGGCUCAUCGUUAUGAUCCUUCCGUGCCUAUGGAAGAGAUUGUUCGAGCCUUUACACAUCUUAUUCAUCAAGGCAAAGCGUUUUACUGGGGUACUUCUGAAUGGAGUGUUUUUGAGAUUGAGCACGCUCAUCACAUUGCUACCAAGUACAAUUUGAUUGCGCCCAUUGCUGAUCAGCCUCAAUACAACUAUGUGACUCGCGAUCAUGUUGAAAAGGACUUGCUUCCUGUUCAACAAAUUUAUGGUUACGGUGCUACCGUUUGGAGUCCUUUGAAAUUCGGUAUUUUGACUGGAAAAUACAACGACGGAAUUCCCGAAGACUCUCGUUUGAGCACAACAUAUGCUCAGUACGCCGAUCACUUAAAAUCUCCCGAAGGACAAAAGAUCCUUCAACAAGUUCGUCAAGUGACUCAAAUUGCUGAUCGAUUGGGUGCAUCUCCUUCUCAACUUGCCCUUGCUUGGACUCUGAAAAACCAAUAUGUUUCUACUACUAUCUUGGGUGCUAGUAAGCCAGAGCAAAUUGUCGAGAACGUUAAAGCUUUAGACUACAUCGAAAAGUUGACUCCUGAAAUUUUGAAAGAGAUGGACGAAAUCUUGGAGUUUAAGCCAUUGGAUAUCCAAUACCGUCAUUAAUGUCUUCAAGAUGUAUAUGUGGAAUUUUACGAUUACUUUUUUUUUACGAAUUAAAAGAAGCUUAGAAUAUAUAUAUUUAUAUAUCUCUGACAAGCCCAUGAUGGAUUGAAUUUCAAACAUAUCCUUGUGUCUCAAGAAAUUCAUAGUUUAGCAAGUUGCAAGAGAACUUAUUACUUUUAAUUCGCAAUUCUCAUUGUACAAUGCCAAUAAAGAACCUGUCUAAUUGAAACCAUCUUUACUAUCAAACACGGCUAACAGUCGGAUGAAAAUUUCUUUUAUCAUUAAGCGUAAAUAAAACAAACCAAGUUAUUGUAUAUCCCAGG